AUGCAGCGAAGCCAAUCGGUGCACCACCCACCGCAACACUCCGACGACAGCUGCCACAUGAUGGCUCUCAGUCCCUCGAGCCUCGGGUCUCUCAGGCUCUGCGACUCCUCUUACGGGCAUAGCCACAAACACUUGGCAGACUUCAGCGGGAAGCUUGUCGGCGGCGACGAAUCCGGAGAGAACCGAAUCUCCGGGAAUGGGUUUGGUCACAAGGAAGCCAGAGAGAGGCCAGACAAGGAGAAAUCGAAUCUGGAAAUGCAGGCUAAGCUAAUGGAAGCUAAAGUAUGGUCAAGCAUGAUGAACGCGAAAAUCCCAAAGAUUGUGCCCAAAACUCCGAUCGUGACGCCUCCGGGAGAGCCGGAGACGAUCAAUACAUGGGAAAUGAUGGAUGGGCUUGAAGAUAUGAUUAGCCCUCUCCGAUCGCCUAAUCACGUUAGGAGCUUCUCGUUUGGUGUUGCUGCUACUAAUGGUGACUGUGAACAUCCCAAGGAGAAUGGUAAUGUAAAGCCGUUGUGGCUUCAGAUGGAGGAAGAAGGGUUUGAUGAUUCGAGUUGCAGGUUCGAGGAUUUUGAUCCUGAGAUCGUUUCCUCGUUCAGAAAAUCGCUCCAAGAACUCCCUUCUGAUCAUCCUUUCCACAUCUCGAUCCAUGAUCUGAAACUGAACCCACAAUUCAGUUUCUCCGAUGAUGAAGAAGAAGAGGAAGAAGAGAAGGAGGAGACUUUGGGUGAGGCUAUUGGUAAAGACAAAGUGAUACUCUACUUCACAAGCCUCAGAGGUAUAAGGAAGACAUAUGAAGAAAGCUGCGAUGCCCGAGUUAUACUGAAGAGCCUCGGGAUUAGAGUGGAUGAGCGAGAUGUGUCGAUGCAUUCGGGUUUCAAAGAAGAGCUUAAGGAGCUACUCGGGGAGAAAUUCAACAAUGGCGUUGGGAUCACUUUACCUAGAGUUUUCUUGGGGAGGAAGUAUCUUGGGGGAGCAGAGGAGAUUCGGAAGUUGAACGAAGACGGGAAGCUAGAGAAGCUUCUAGAAGGCUGCGAGAAGGUGGAAGAGAACAAAAACGGUAAUGGGCAAGAAUGCGAGGCUUGUGGAGACGUAAGGUUUGUGCCGUGUGAGAGAUGUUCAGGGAGCUGCAAAGUGUACCAUGAAUAUGAAGAGGAAGACGACGAAGAAGAAGAUGAUGAUGAUGAAAGUGUAAAAGAAGAAAGAGAGUUUGGGUUUCAAACAUGUCCUGAUUGUAAUGAGAAUGGACUCAUUAGAUGUCCUAUUUGUUGUGAUUAG